AUGACUGAAACCGCGCCAUUCUCUGCAGAAAGCUACUUUGCGACGCAACCAGCCCCUUCAUCCCUUUCGCAGGACAUUUCUGGCGUCAAAGACUUCAUAACCCGACAGGUCGAAGCAAAACGCAAUGUUGUGCUGGUUACGAGUGGCGGAACAACGGUGCCGCUGGAAUUGAACGUCGUGCGCUUCUUGGAUAACUUCAGUGCUGGGACUAGAGGCGCGACUUCGGCCGAGUACUUCCUCAAAGCUGACUAUGCGGUCAUCUUCAUGCACCGCCAAUUCAGUCUGCAACCCUUUAGCCGACACUAUUCCCAUUCGACCAAUCCCUUUCUCGACUUCCUCGCUGUUGAAGACGAGACGGCAUGCAUUACCAGCGACACAAGGAAGGAUGAGCAACUUUUGUCUGUGUUGUCCGCCUACAAAAGUGUGCAAGUAGCUGGAACUCUCCACACGCUCACAUUUGUUACGGUGAACGACUACCUCUGGCUACUGCGUGCUGUGUCGCAGGAAAUGUCAAUCCUCGGGCGACGGGCGAUGUACUACCUGGCGGCUGCGGUCAGCGACUUUUUCUUACCAAGACAGAAGAUGGCAGAGCACAAGAUCCAGUCAGGCAAAGGUAGUCUGCACAUUGAGAUGGACCAAGUCCCCAAGAUUCUCAAACCCAUGGUGGAAGAAUGGACGAGGGAUGGGUAUAUUGUGUCUUUCAAGCUGGAAACCGAUGACCAUCUGUUAAUUCCGAAAGCACGCGCGGCCCUCAGUCGAUACGGCCACCAAGUUGUCAUCGGCAACGAGUUACAUUCCCGCAAGUAUCAAGUUGUGUUUGUGGAGCAGAAGAGGAAGCCGUUACCACCCUUGCCACCAGGUGUCGAGGAAAAUGCUUCCUCAGACCAUGCCGCAGCGGUAGACGCCCCACUCCCACCGUCUCCUCCUCCCAAGCACAUAGUUGGAGAAUCGGAGCAUGAUCAUCAGGAGAGUAUGACCUUUGUCGAAUCAUGGCUACGGAUCGCAGAAGACGCUGUUGGAAAAGAGAUAGAAGAGGACAUCGUGACGGAGCUUUUACGGAGGCACGAAGCGUGGAUUGAAGAAGAAUUGAACACGGAAUAG